AUGACCCAUCUUUAUCAGGUCGCGAAGACCUUGAGGAUCGGUACGGACAAGGUCCUGGCGGUUCGCAUACUCUGGUAUUACAAGCAGGAGUUGUACGAGACCAACGGGAAGGGGCGAGGCAAGGCCACCAGCUUCGACGACGGGCGACGUGUCAUCACCAAGGAGCAAGAGGAUGGACUGCGCGAGUUCAUCAAGGGCGAGCACGAGGCGGGACGUCAGGUCUUCCGCCGUACCGUCAAGGAUUACUUGGAGUGUUCGUUCGGAUUAGAGAUGUCGAAUCGUGCCGUGGGAGGGUUGCUGCAGCGCCUUGGCUUCAAGCGCCGUAGGGGUAGGAUCAAAAUACCCCCGUUGAACGAGGAGAGGAAAAACCGCAUCCGCCUCUUCCUUGUUAAGAUGGACCUCGCGAAGAGGGCCGAGGACGCUGGGGUCGCAGUCAUUGUGUACAUGGAUGAGAGCUUUGUUCACCAGGCGCAUGGUUCCGCGUACUCGUACUUUCCUUCUGACGAUAAGGGGGUUGUGCAGGAUGGGAUAGGCCGUACAACGGGGAAAGGUUUGCGUAUGAUGAUGGUGCAUGCGAUCACGAAGCACGGGCCCUUGGCCGAGCUACAGGAGGGAUUUCCUAUCCGUGAGGGUUGGUUCAAGGCUAAGGAAAAUCGUGCGAAGAAGAUUAAGCCUGGGGAGGCGGAUUUCGAAAUGUCAGAUGAGCAGACAGCAGAAUUUCUGUGGCAGGCCAAGUUGGCAACCGGAGAUUAUCAUAACGCCAUGACGGAUGGGAUGUUCAUGCAGUGGUUGAAGCACCGACUUAACCCGGCCUUCGAUGCGCAGUUCAAGAACAAUAAGAUGUUUCUCGUUCUCGAUAACGCCUCAUACCACUACUGCUUUGACGAGGGGGUUAAGGUGCCCGAAACCAACAGUGAGAAAAUACAACGUCGAACUCUUGCGCAAGUACGGUUGCACGUCGUUCAAGGUGACGCGUGAGUCGGAGGGUAAGGCUGCUGAGUACAACUUUGAGGUCCCGGCGCAGGGGUCGCUACCCAAUGCGAACCGCAAGAACGGCGUCAGCAAAGAAGAGAUAGCCUCCGUCACUCGGACGUACUUCAAAAAGAAUUUUCCACAGAAGCUCGAGGAAAAGGCUGCGACGUACAUGAGGGAGAAGGGGUGGGGGUUAAUUUGGACACCGCCGUACAUGCCGACUUUCCAGCCGAUCGAGCUGUUCUGGUAGCACGGCAAGCAUCACGUGAGCAUUCAUUUUGAGAAGGGGCGGAACAUGUUGGAUGUCUGGAAGAAA